AUGUGCGAAGACCAAACACCCCUCACUAGCUGGAAAUCUACAACUCACUCGAUAGGACGACGAGCGUUCAGUAUAGAAAGGAGAACUCUGGCUGAUGACAUUCCUCCAAGACCGUCGAGAUCUCUCGCGGGGAAAGUCGCUAUCGUGACAGGAGCGGGUUGCGAAGGUGAUGGCCUUGGUAACGGUCGAGCAAUUUCGAUUCUAUUGGCCGAGGAUGGGGCCUCUGUCGUGUGUACAGAUGUAAACCCCUCGUGGGCUGAACGUACUAGCGCCAUGAUAGAAGCAGAAGGCAAGGGGGAGAGUAUUAGCUGUCAGGGAGACGUUACGAAGUCGAUCGAUUGCCAACACAUUGUAGAUGCAGCGCUGUCCAAGUUUGGGCGAAUUGACAUCCUGGUUAACAACGUAGGCAUCAUGGGCGCCAGAGGUACUGCCACGGAAUUUGACUUGGAUCAGUGGCGUCGUGGGCUCGACGUAAAUGUCACAAGCAUGGCAAACAUGGUCAAGUUUGUUGUGCCCGAAAUGCGCAAGAAUACUGAGUCGUUAGAAGGGAUUCGAGGAAGUAUCGUUAAUAUUGGAUCGGUCGCGGGAUUAGUAGGGGGUACUCCCCAUUUGUUAUAUCCGACAAGCAAGGGUGCUGUUCUGAACAUGACGCGCGCCAUGGCAGCGCAUCACGGGUCAGAUGGUAUUCGUGUGAACUGUGUCUGCCCAGGUUAUCUCUAUACGCCCAUGAUAUAUGCAAAAGGAAUAAGCGCACAGACUCGAGAAGCGCGAAGAAACGGCACUCUCCUACGAACAGAAGGUAACGCGUGGGACUGUGCGACGGCUGUUAGGUUCCUAGCUAGCGAGCAAGCUCGUUGGAUCACUGGGAGUAUUAUCACGGUGGACGCCGGAACGACCGCCGUGUCUGCUAUUGAACAUGUGUGA